AUGUCCCUAAUAGCUGGUGCGUUGUUGGUGGUCGUCGUUGGUUUAUGCAGCCACGCCGUAGCUCUUGAUAACGGCCUGGCGAGGACCCCCACGAUGGGUUGGUUGCACUGGGAGAGGUUUCUGUGUAACACCGACUGCGAUGGGGACCCAGAAAACUGCAUUAGUGAACAUCUUUACAUGCAAAUGGCAGAUAUAAUGGCAGCAGAGGGCUGGAAAGAGGCGGGCUACCAGUAUGUCUGCAUUGACGACUGCUGGAUGGGUCCGAAACGGGAUGCCAAGCAGCGCCUGCAAGCCGACCCUGACAGGUUUCCAAGCGGCAUCAAGAAACUGGCUGACUAUGUGCAUUCCAAGGGGCUGAAGUUGGGCAUUUAUGCAGAUGUUGGCCGAAGCACUUGUGCUGGAUACCCUGGUAGUCUGGGUCACUACGACACAGAUGCCCAAACGUUUGCUGAGUGGGAAGUGGAUCUGCUCAAGUUUGAUGGCUGCUACAUGGAUGUUUCUUUACUUGAGCAAGGUUAUGUGAACAUGUCUAGAGCCCUGAACAAAACCGGAAGGCCUAUUCUAUAUUCCUGUGAGUGGCCUUGGUAUGAGUGGCCUUCCCAAAAGCCAAACUACAACGCCAUUGCAGAAACGUGCAACCACUGGCGCAACUUUGCAGACAUCUACGACUCAUGGAGCAGCAUCAAGUCCAUCUUGGACUGGACUGCGUCUCACCAGGACAUCAUUGUCCCCUACGCCGGUCCCGGGGGUUGGAAUGACCCAGAUAUGUUAGUGAUAGGGAACUUUGGACUCAGUCCGGAUCAGCAGGAAUCCCAGAUGGCACUGUGGGCCAUUAUGGCUGCCCCGCUGCUCAUGUCUAACGACCUGAGAUCCAUCUGUAGGCGCUCCAAGGAGCUGCUUCAGAACCGCCACAUCAUUGCCAUUAACCAGGAUGAGCUGGGCAAGCAAGGCUACCGCACGGCCAAGGUGGAGCAUUUUGAGGUGUGGGAGAGACCUUUGUCCAAUGGCAGGCUUGCAAUAGCCGUACUCAACACACUGGAGAUUGGAGGCCCACGCAAGUUCUCGUUAGAAAAAGCUCCUGGCUGGAAGAUGUGCGGCCCGCUUUGCAACAUUACCCAGAUUCUGCCCCAAUAUGAAGAAGUGGGCAUUCAGAUCGGACACUGGGUCUCCGUUAACCCCUCAGGCACCGCCCUGCUUGUCAUCAAGCCCAUCAGCAGCCAUGGAAAAAGAUACCUUACAAUUCUACAGUCAGAGAAACGGACAUAUUUAUAG